AUUUUGGAAAAGGGUCCCAAAUUCGCCACGGAACCGUCGGUAGGGCCUUCGGAAAUGCUGGCCCUGGUUCGGCAGGUAUCUGCGAAGUCGUCAGAGGAAAACAGGGACCGGUGUGUUCAUGAAUGUGUGGAAGGGUUGACCAAAGGGGUAGGCCGAAGGCCUUUGCCCAGGCUUAAGAUGGGAACGGUGGUAAAUUUUUUUAAUGAGUCUAAGUUGAAGCUGUUGUUGUCGGAUAAAGAGGGGGGGUUUGUUGUGGUGCCUGAAGGUAUGUUUCAGGAAAGAGCGAGACAGGCGGUGCUUAAGAAUUUCAGAAGUGUGUCGGGAGUGGAGCUGAAGAGGGUAAAGGCCAGGGCAGUGAGGCUUUGCGGUCAGCUUGGGUUGGAGGGCCUCGGGAAGUCUGUGUCGGGGGCCAAGGGCCUCAAUCUCGAGGUGUUCUUCUCCGUGAAGACCCAUAAGGAGCUCAGGCCUUUUAGAGCUAUCGUUACCCAGAGAGACUCCUGGCAGCUUCAUGUAUCUUCUUUUCUUCAGCGCCACCUGUGUGUGCUCACGUUGGAUGAUCAUUUUCGUAUUUGCAAUUCUGAGGCCCUUGUGGAUUACCUCCGAGAAGACAAUCCGGGAGGGUGUGAUUUAGUGUCUCUGGAUGUCGAGGAUAUGUUCUACUCAAUACCCCAUGGUGAAUUGAUGAAAGCGGUGGAAGAGUGCAUUCAGUCCAGUGGGUCGGUGGCUUUUAUGAACUCGACGGGUUUGGCGGUGGAAUCCUUUUUGGAGUUGUUGACUUUUUACUUGAGUUCCACCUAUAUCACGUUUGAAGGCGAAAUUUUUCUGCAAAAGAGUGGGAUUUGUAUUGGGUCGAGUGUGGCGCCUAUCCUUAGUGAUUUAUAUCUGGCGAGGUGUGAUAGAGCCAUAGCGGAGUCGUUGGAUUGUCGGGUUUUGAGAGUUUUUCGAUAUGUUGACGACUACCUUGUUGUGUUUAAAGAUAGCCUGGGCCCCAACCGGGAUAGUGUGUGUGUGGAAGUCUUGGCUUCCUUUAAGGAAUGCUCCACCGGGUUAUCGUUUAAGUACGAGACACCUACGGGAGAGGGGUUGCAGUUUUUGGACCUGAGGCUCACUCUUCAGCCGUCACACACCUGUUGGGCCUAUGAGCCACGCUCUAAGAAGAGGCUUUUGCCAUACGGCUCCGCGCACUCAAAGCUUGUGAAGCGUGCGAUCACUACGUCGGGUAUGCGCGCCCCUUUGCUCAAGUCAUGCCACCAUAGGUGUGAGGACAGCCUGCUUUCACAGGUGUCUAGGCUGACCUCUGCGGGAUACCCGGUGGCGAUGAUUGUGGGAGUGGCUGAGUCCCUUUUUAAGGUGUUCGGAGGUAGAACCAGUCCUAAGGCGAGGCAAAAACCGACAACCAGACCAGUGGUGGUGCCCUACAUUCACGCCCUCUCACAUCAAGUCAAGCGCGUGGCCAACAAGUAUAAGGUGCCUGUGGUGUUUUCGGCGCCCCGG